UACUUAUUUUCUCCACUGUAUAUUUAGCCGUUUUUUUGUGGGAAUUUUUGUUUGAACCAUUUGUUACGAGCAUUGUAGAAAACAUCAGGAUUUUAUGGCAUUUUAAGCUAGCGGACUUUUGCUAUGUAAGUUAGCCAACUGUUCUUUUGUUGUACUUAGAUCCACAAUGUUUUUUGUUUUUUUUAUACCGUUUGAGGCUCAGCUGAGGUUUUUUUUUUUUUUUUUUUUUUUUAUGUUCCUUAUCUGAUUACUCGAUUAUUUGAACUAACUAGUUAAUUGAUUAAUGGACUACUAAAGGGGAAAAUGACAAGCAGUACUCAAUUUGGACAUUUAGGGAUGUACCUUUUUUCAAAGGUGUGUACUCACUUUUGUUGCCAGGGUUUUGUAUAUUAAUGGCUAUAUUCUGAGUUGAAAAUAAAUUAACUCUAUUAUAUAAGCUGCACACAGACUACUUUUCAUUGUGUCAAAGUGUCAUUCUGUCAGUGUUGUCCCAUGAAAAGAUAUACUUAAAUAGCUGCAGAAAUGCAAGGAGUGUACUCACUUUUGUGAUACACUGUAACCAUUCACACUCACUUUACCGUGACUAUGCAUGGAUGGACGAAAAUCUACAAAUGAUCUGGUCAGUUUGUCAUUUCCAAAUAGUGUUACCCUUGAUCACAAAAUCUGCCCACCCCUGGUGUAGCCCACCCUGACACACACUUUCAUUUAUUUGAAAUCAUUCCAACACGACAUAAUGCUUUUCAUCAUCAAUUGAAUUAAAAAAAGAUUGUUGAGGUGAAGGCGGCUCGGCUAAUGUUUGAUGUUGCCGCCCUGUCACCAGCAGGACCGAUAAGGGAUUCUGCACAUACCUGCUUGUGUAUAAAUGGCCAUUUGAUACACACACACACCUGCUGGCGUUGGCCACGAGCCUCAGUCAGCACUGCAGUAAGAUACUGUUCUGAACUAGGAGCCAGAUUAUAACAGUGUACCUAUGAAGAUGGACACUUUACACGGGGUGACCAUUAUCCUACUCUUGUUCCUUUUAGAGCAUGCAAUGCCAUUGGAUAACAAUUCAGACACAGUGUAUGUGGGGUCUGUGUUUAUGGAGGAAGCUCUUCGCAGGGCCAUUGAGCUGACCGAUGCCGCCUACGCUCGCACAACCGAAAGGGUGAAGAAUUCUUUGUCCGAGGGCGUUCUGAGACCGACGGAUCUGUUGGCUCACUUCAAGCGCACCCAAAGCCCGAGCAGGACACACGUGAGGGCCGCUGAGCUGCUGGACAACACGGUGGAGCUGAUCCGAGAAAUGGUCUACACUCACACUAUGACGAAGCCUGGCUGUCACGAGCUGCUGAGUGAAGCAGAUGUUGAGCAUCUACUGCAAGCUAGCGGCUGCUUGGCUCAAGUACAUGCAGUUGGCUGUCCUACUGGCUGUGUGGCCGAACGCUACAGGACCAUCACGGCCCACUGCAACAACAAACAACAUCCCAAAUGGGGUUCUGCAAACAUUCCCUAUUCUCGCUGGCUGCCUCCAGAGUAUGAAAACACGUGGGGGACGCCCAGAGGCUGGGAUCCAGAUCACACCUACCACAACUUCAGCUUACCCCCAGUCCGCCAGGUGUCUCAGGAGAUCCUGUUCACUCCCAAUCACAAUAUUUCUCUGGAUUCAACUCUUUCCCAUUUGCUUGUCGAAUGGGGCCAGUGGAUUGAUCAUGACCUGGUGCUCACCCCCCAGAGUCCAAGCACGGCGGCUUUCCGGACCGGGGCGGACUGCACUCGUACCUGCAGCCAGGAUUCGCCCUGUUUCCCCAUUGAGAUCCCACCGUCUGAUCCUCGGUAUGGCAUUCAGAGUUGUAUGCCUUUCUUCCGCUCGGCUCCAAGCUGCGCAGAUGGGCCUCAUCUGCAUCGUGAACAACUCAAUGCCAUUACCUCCUUUGUGGACGCCAGCAUGGUGUAUGGUAGCUCCGAUAAGCAGGCUCUUGAACUGCGAGACCGCACCUCACCACUCGGCUCAAUGGCCUGCAAUACGCAGCACUCGGACGGCGAGUUGCCCUACCUGCCCUUCUUGCCUCGCCCGCAGGCUCACUUGGACCCAUGCGGGCCAAGAGAGGGUGCCACACCUCGGGACAACGUCACAUCAUGCUUCCAAGCAGGUGAUUCAAGAGCAAAUGAACAUUUAGGCAUGGUGGUCCUGCACACACUCUUUCUACGAGAACACAACCGCCUGGUCGAAGAGCUACACCAACUAAACCCCCACUGGAGUCCCAACACCCUCUAUCAGGAGGCUAGGAAGAUCAUUGGCGCCACCCACCAGAUUCUAACAUGGGAGCACUAUCUACCACGGAUCCUUGGAGAGGAGGCCGCGUCAAGGCAAAUGCCUCCCUAUGAGGCUUACAACCCUAACACAGAUCCCAGCAUUGCCAAUGUCUUUGCCACCGCCGCGUUCCGUUUUGCUCAUGUCACCGUGCAGCCGAUUCUAAGCAGACUUGGGCCUGGAUACGUCACCAACUCCCAGCAUCCCUCACUACCCCUGCAUCACUCUUUGUUUGCAUCGUGGAGGGUUGUCCAAGAGGGUGGUAUAGACCCCGUGCUGCGUGGCCUCUUGCUGUCUCCUGCAAAGCUUCAGACUCCUGGUCAGAUGAUGGUGGAAGAGUUGACAGAGCGUCUUUUUCAGGCACAAGGCGGAAUGCCUCUGGACCUUGGGGCCCUCAACCUUCAGAGGGGCAGAGACCAUGGACUACCAGGAUACAGCUCAUGGCGAAGGUUUUGCGGGCUCGCUGUUCCUAACACCACCAAGGAGCUGGCAGAUAUUAUGGAUAAUCCAUCUCUAGCUCGCAAAUUCCAGCAACUGUAUGGCACGCCGCACAACAUCGACGUUUGGGUGGGGGCCAUCUCUGAACCGCCUCUACCCGGAGGCCGGGUUGGACCACUGCUGUCCUGUCUGCUGGGAAGACAGUUUAGAGCGCUGAGAGACGGUGACAGGUUUUGGUGGGAGAGGAAGAACGUGUUCACCGGCACACAGAGGUCUCACCUCCGCGCCGUCUCUCUGUCCCGCAUAAUUUGUGACAACACCCAUAUCGCGUAUGUACCCGAAGACCCGUUUUCUCGCACAGAGGAUCCGGACUCCAUGCUGGCCUGCUCGAACCCACUCAUCCCCAAACUCGACCUCAGCCCGUGGAAAGAACCACUCUCAGGUAAUGAAGGUGACAAAGAGACACGCCCAUCUUGUUGUGACAAUUCUGUGGUGAACUCUCUCCAAGAUCCAAACUGCGGUCCCAUACCCAGAAUUCAGUCUGGCUACUCCCUGCGUUGUGACUCUGUGAUCAUCUUUGAGUGUCAAGCUGGUUUCGAGCUGCAAGGUUCUUCAUCCAUCAGCUGUGACGCACAAAGUCAGAGGUGGAGCUCACCACCUCCAACAUGCAAGGACAUAAACGAAUGUGAACAACAAAUUCUGAUUUGCCCACAAAACAUGGAGUGUCUCAACUUGCCAGGUUCUUUUUCGUGCUCAGAGUUAACCUCACCAUCCACCAUUUUGGUUGUCAUGUCAGCCUUGGUUGUGAUCGGCGGUGUUGCCGGAAUACUAAUGAUCCUUAGCUGUUUUCGAAGGUGGUUGCCGAACAAAGAUGCGUUAGUCUGUGCCGGAUGUUGCCAAGGGAAUAAUUAAACAACCACUGAAAUCUGGGGAUCGACCGAAGGUUUCACUGUAAAGGAAAUGUACCGAGGCUGUGUUUUGUCCUUUGUGCCAUUAUGUCAUACACCACUCUCACUGUACUCCAUUAUAAACAAAUGAUUUAUUGAGUCCCUCUCUAAACUGUAUUGUGAGGCCAAAACAGAGCAGCAAGCUUACAAAAGGUAUUUCAAGCCGGAAACCACAGGCCUACUGGAAUGUCUGCUCAGAAAAAAAGAUUUUCUUUCCAUAAAGCCCCUUUGAGUGGGACAUGGCCUCUGUGUUGAUUCAGUAUGCCUGUGUUGAAUUCCUACUUACAAACCUGUAGAACAACUGUGGGUGUGUCACAACAGCGUUUCAUGGCACUGUAAGUGGAUCAUUCAUGCUGAUGACCACAGUUCAGAUGUCAUUUCUCAACUUUUAUCUGUGUUCCAAUCUGAAGUAACAUGUAUUCGGAAAAGGACAAAUGUGGCACACAAUCAGACUUUAAUGGAGUGUUGGCAGUUUUCAGUACACUGACAUUGAGACCUCAAAGCCUUCGAGGCAAAGAAGUGGUUAUUGCACUUAUCACAUGCACACAUUCCUUCAUUAUCACCUUCAAAACACAGUUGACUGUUAAAUAUAACAAUGAUAAUACGUACAUAGAUACUAUGAGGUAAAAUAGCCAAUGCCGAUUGCCUGGCACACCAACAGACGACUUUCAUGAAUAGUUGUGAAUGGCUCAUUACAGUAUAGCACAUAUGCUGUGUUUAUUUUGGACAUGGAAAAACUUGUGUGCAACAGUUUUGACGGCUCAACUGUCCAUACAUUUCAUUUAACAUAUGACGCUCGUAAAACUUAAAUUAUGUAGCACUUCUGUGCGAGUAAUAUUGUUUCAUAACUUUCUACUGUAUGUUUCCAUAUAAAGCCUUUAGAUACAAACAUCUAGGAUAUUUUCAUUUUUAUGGGCAAAUAAAAUUGAGGGUACUUCAUGUGUUAGAUCAAAAACUACCAAAGGGAUAUUCAAAUCUACUUUUCCGUUCUUUGUAUUAUUGUGGUGUUACAACUGUUUUAUUGGUUGACCUCUAGUAAGUUACCACAUUACAAGCCUGAUGUCUCCUAGUCUUCAUUUCACGCCAGUCAAUCAUGUCCCCUAACCCUGCUCAGUGAGGUAGAAACCCAACUUGGCCACGGACAUUUCCCUACGGAGACGCAUCACCUCCCAGAACAUCUGCUCCGCUGGAUACAGGCAGACGACAACCGUCAAAUUUUAUGUUUGUCUUAAGAAAUCACAAGAAGGUCAUUUGUUAAUAAACUUACCGUCAUGUCUGACCAGGCCCUGCUGGAUGUACCGAAUAUACGUGAAGAAGUUGCACACGGUCGUGAUCUGAAAAGGGCAGAAAACCGCAGGAAUUAUAGCAAUGGCGGCAGAUUAACAGAGCUCUAAAAGACGCGGCCAAACGUACCCGUGCUCGGCUGGAUGGGGAAAUGUAGUAGUAGCUCCCUUUGUCGCCGAGUUUAAUGCGAUGUCUGCACAAUUGCGAUACGCCGCUUAGCGCACAUUUUCUGUCAAGAAAGUGGACUGGUCAACUAAAUGCAGCUUGAAUGAUGGACGCAUGCUUUUGAAGCACUGAGAAUGGGGCCAAAAAUAGCGAGACGUGGCCAAUCAGAGGGUAGGUUAGUCAUUUAAAGAGCAAUGUGUUGAUGGUUAGGGGUCAGAUGCAUGCAACUGGUGCAUUUAUUGGCAUUUGUCACAAAGUCUUCUCCAUGCUGGCAGCACAGGAGUUAGUCAAAGCACAAAAAGUUUCCUGUGACGACUUACGUCUCCACUGCUACCCUACAGUCACUGGAAACACAAGAUUUGUAAGUCAGGCAGUGAGUGGAAAAGUUCCUACUGAUUAAAUUCAACUGCUUACGACUGUAAGAGUUCAAUUGAAACCUAUGAAGUCAAAAGUUGUAUAAUUAGACUGUUUUUUUUUUUGUUUGUUUGUUUGUUGUUGUUUUUUUUUACUGUUUUCAUGGUCAUUUUACAAGGUUUAUGCGGGGCAUUAAAACAUAUUAAAACCAUUAAAUUGAUUUGGUCAAAAUUUAGACCUUAAAAAGCAUUAAAAAGCUUCACACAAAAUGUUCGAGGCGGUAAAAAUUAUGUAAACUGGACAGGAAAAAAAACUUUAUUUUUAACAUUAUUUAUUAGAGUUGUCUGAUAUUAUCGGGUAGCUGGGACAAGAGAACAUAAGAUUCAUCACAGGAUAUGAGAUAACUAAGAGAACGUAAGAUUGCGGGAUAAGAGAGCCGAUACUAUCAGUUACCCGAUAAUAUCGUCCGAUAAACGCCUUCAAAGUGAAUGUUGAAUGCUUCUGCCUUUGUACAAGGGCCAGUCACAGCUUAGCACAGCAGUUAUGCUUAUUGACCAUUAGUUGUCUUCAAAUAAAGAUGCUUGUGAUUUCUUUUAUUUUAGUAGAUCAUUUGCAUUCAUGGUGCAAAAUAAAAUGAACAAUAAUGUUAUUUUGAGCCAGAAGCACUAUGUGAGCCUUAUGUGAUAUGGGCGUGCCUUAUUGGC